AUGUCUUCAGACACCACCGAAACCUACAGAAAGGCCGAGGCCAUCCGGCGCGCACCCUACCAAAACUCGCACCAUCGCGGCCAUGGCACGUGGUUUCCAGGAAGUGCAUCAGUGGCGCGUCCCUCCAACACCUCUCGCACUCGCGCAAACACCAUGCCGGCUUCCCAAGCAUCUCACCCCUCGCUGUCUACCGGUACUCGCCUCGCGACCGACACUCGAUCACUCGAGGCGGCGCGUGCACUCAUCGUCACUUUCCGCCUGUCGCCUGCUACCCUGGCCGCCAUCGCACAGCAGAGCGGCGAGGCUCCAGCUAGCGCCCAAGCAUCAAGCCCGUCCCCAAGUACCGCAUAA